CCAUCUCACGCCUUUGACGUUGGUUUCGAAGAGAGGACCACACAUCAACACAAACCAUUGAUCAUUGAUUUCACAACCUUAAAAACAUUCACGACACACCGUCCUACGAAGCAAACCUUGCAACCCACAAGACCUAAUUCGAUAACUCUCAACUUGAAGCUUCAAUACCAUGGUGAGAGCUCUCAUCGUGGGCGCCACCAGAGGCCUGGGUGCCUCUCUUGCCAAUCAGUACGCAUCUGAGGCCGCGAGCACUGUGUUUGCAACCACGCGAUCAUCGGUUCCGAGUGACUUCCCUCAGAAUGUUAAGUGGUUAUCAGGAAUCGACCUGCAAAAGCCCAAGGUCGGUGAUGACCUAGCAGCCCAGCUGAAGGGAGAGAAGCCUCUGGACCUCGUGAUCAUCACGGCAGGUCGUUUUACCACCGAGGAUUUCCACGGGAAAGGGCCGAACUGGGACGAGGAAGUCACGAUGUACACCACAAGCUCUAUCGCCCCGGUUUUCCUGGUCCACGCGCUCUUCCACGGCGGGCUGCUCGACAAGGGCUCCAAGGUAGUGCUCGUUUCGUCCGAGUCGGGAAGCAUCACGUUGCGUCACGAGUCCGAAGGCGGCGGGAAUUACGCUCAUCAUGCAAGCAAGGCAGCACUCAACAUGGUGGGCAAGCUGCUUAGCCUGGACCUCAAGGACGCGGGAGUGGUCAUCAGCAUCGUCCAUCCAGGUUUCAUGCGCUCAGACAUGACUAAGGGCGUUGGCUUUGACAAAUUCUGGGACGAUGGCGGAGCUGUGACCACUGAUGAGGCAGCCAGCAGCCUCGUGGAGUGGGUGGACCAGCUAGAUAUCAGCAAGACCGGCGAGUACUGGGCUCCCAGGGGACCAGGGGAUAUUGGCACGGCUGAUGCGACGCUUGGUAAGGGCUUGCCUACGCCACUGAAGCUGCCAUGGUGAGCUGGAUUACUACCUACUGUGCAUUCGGAGGGCGUAUCUCUUUCCAACUCGAGACAAUAGAAACAGCCCGUCAAUUUGUUGCUGAAGUCAAAUCACCUCGAUUGUGAUACUUGUUGAAUCAGUUUGUCUUGAUCCCGUCACUCCAAGUUUUCCAGUGGCUCACCUCCUUGUCGACUCCCAAACGCCGAGUGCGCUAUAUCACUCAUCGAAAAGUCAUCAUAAGGCUAUGUAACACAAUACCUGCAAUCUGCAUUCCAUUCUCGUGCGAGAGAACGAGUAGCAUCGAUCAUUCUGUGAGACUUUCCACUGCUAUCCAAACACCAUAAUGCCUGAACUUGAAGUCGGCUCUGAAGUCGUGGAACGCGUGCCAUAAUAUGUCAAACAUUGAGCAUACUGGAUGGGUUCGGGUCACCGACUCGAUCACCGAGGCGCUCCGAAUAUGCAGGCGGUGGUUUCUGAGGCAAGCCGCCAAUGUAAUCCUGCCGCGCAUCAUCGUGACGUUCUGCUUGUUGUUGCGAAUUGGAGCCCGCGUCCCUGCGUGAAUUGUUGUGGUUGGCGGCGAUCGAUGAUUGCGAGCUAUUCCGGUUGGGGGCCAUUGGUGGCUCGUAGGCUGGUGGGCGCACCACAAGAUUCUCGUCGUUUCGUGCGGCCGCUUUCUUGCGACGCUGCCUGAUCACGAUGCCGGUGACGAUCCCCAAACAGAUGAUUCCGAAGGCAACGCUGCCGGCGAUGAUGAGACCCCUGCGAUGAGCAGUGAAGUCCUUCCUGGAGAAUGCGUAACCAUACGAGAAACCACCGAAAAUUAGGACCACAAGACCGCCCCACCCGAAUUUUCUGCAGAAAGGGUUUCCUCUGUCCUUCAACAUAUUGAAAUGACUUGCUUCGGUACGAAGGCCUUGUUUGAGAGCAUUAAGUCACCGAUCCAGCGUUGACUAGGAUGGCUGCAGUCGUCUUUUGUUAGUCCCAGCCAAGGGAUGCGAUUCGAAGUUUGGUAUAUUCUGGCCGCGAUUGAAGAUUGCGAUGAAUAGUCGUCCUCUUGAGCAGCGUCGCCAAAUGAGCCUUCGG